AUGAAUAGGACCGACGAAGAGCUCCAGCAGGCCGAAGCCGAUGUCUCAAACUGGGGCGAGGAAAAGUAUAGUGCUUCAGCGGAGGCAGAUCGACCCACGACAUCAGGCACUACCGGCUCAUCGUCUGGCUCAAGCAGUUCAGUCGAGUACGAUCCAUAUGUCCACAGACUGCAAUCGCGCAACACAGAGGUGGAUCUGGAGCGCCGACGAUCGACAACUUCUCAAGCACUCAGCCGAAUCGAAACCCAGCGACUUCAACAUCAGCUUACGGUUGGUGAAAGCGUCAAAUCGAGAGCUUCAAAAACACCUCUGCCGGCUUUCGGCGCUGGCAAGCCCUACCCCCCGCAGCUACCGAAUCGUGAUGACUACGUUGUGGAAUUCGAUGGUCCAGAUGAUCCCCUGUAUCCACAGAAUUGGCCGCUUUGGACAAAGGUAUACAUUGGUGCCAUGCUCGCCUUCACAAGUAUUUGUUCAACUUUCGACUCUGCCGUCUUUAGCUCCUCAUCUCAAAAUGUCUCAAAAUUUUUCGGUAUUAGCCUCGAAGUCUCCGUCCUGUCAAGUUCGCUAUACAUCGUCGGAUACGCGUCUGGGCCACUCAUCUGGGCACCGCUAUCUGAGCUCAAAGGCCGUCGUCCAGGAAUCGUGUUCGCCAUGCUUGGGUUUGGAAUUUUCAACACUGCCGUUGCAGUAUCCAAAGAUGUACAAACUCUUAUGAUUUGCCGCUUCUUCUGUGGUAUCUUCGGCAGUUCGCCAUUGGCCGUCGUGGCAGCCAUUUUCUCCGACAUCUUCAACAACCGAACUCGUGGUGUCGCAAUCGCUUGUUUCUCCGGCACAGUCUUCUUGGGCCCCCUCAUUGCCCCCUUUAUUGGAGGAUUCAUCAACAUGUCUUACCUUGGUUGGCGCUGGACCGCCUACAUUCCUGCUUUCAUGGGCUACGCUGCAUUCCUGAUGAAUCUUUUCUUCCUAAAGGAGUCCUACCCACCUGUCGUUCUUGUUGAAAAGGCCGCAGAGUUGCGCCGUCGCACGAAGAAUUGGGGAAUCCACGCCAAGCAAGAGGAAAUCGAGGUUGAUUUCAAAGAACUGGUCAUCAACAACUUCUCUCGUCCGCUUAAACUGCUUUUCUACGAGCCCUUGAUCCUGGCAGUGACAAUCUACCUCAGCUUCAUCUAUGGGCUUCUGUACUGCUUCUUGACAGCCUACACUCUUGUCUUCCAGCAGGUAUACGGUAUGAAUGCCGGUGUCGGUGGCUUGCCAUUAUUCGGAAUGGUUGUCGGCCUGUUUCUCGCUGCAGCAUACAUCAUUUUGACUGCCCCAGCUUAUGUCAAGAAGCUGGAAAAGAAUGGAAAUGUCCCGGUUCCUGAAUGGCGUCUUCCGCCGGUGAUGGUCGCCGGUGCUAUGUUCGCUGCCGGGCUUUUCUGGUUCGGCUGGACAGGAUUCAACGGUACCAUCCACUGGAUCGUACCUACAUUGAGCGGUUUGUUUACCGGCUUUGGUCUUUUGAUCAUAUUUAUCCAAUUGUUCAACUACCUGAUCGACACUUAUCUUAUGUUUGCCGCAUCUGCUAUCGCAGCUAAUACAUUCUGCCGUUCAAUGGUCGCGGCAGCCUUCCCCUUUUCUCUCGUCAAAUGUUUAACGGUAUGGGUAUCCAAUGGGCGUCUACGCUGCUUGGCUGCGUCGCCGCUCUUCUGGUUCCGAUUCCGAUUGGAUUCUACUUCUUUGGCAAAAAAUUGA